AUGGAGACUGGGGCAGCGAAGCUCCUGUAUGCGAUGAGUCCUUGGAGCUCAAAGCUGGGCGUGCCAUGCGCAGCCUACGAUUUCAACAUGGACUUGGAAGGCUCGCGUGGCUGUCUUCUGUUUUUCAUUCUGGAAAACAGCUCACAUUUGGCUGAUGCCAACCAUGCUGAGUUUCUGAAUGAGAUGCUCUUGAGACUUGAAGUGUCACUGCCAUAUUUUUUGGUAGACACCGUGAAAAAGGAUGCUGCGGAGUUUCUGCCAGUCAAGAGAGGUCGUUUUUUCAUCAGAGGGCUAAGGAGAGACUGCCUGCCAGACCCCAUGCAGGCGUUCCUCCCUGCCCCCCUGUGCUGCACGGAUCUGCUCCCGGCAGUCACACUGGAAGAGAUUUUGGAUCUGAGCUUGGCUGCGACCGAUGUGCAGAGUUUGUGUGCAGGGCACGCUGCUAACCUCACAUUGUACAAGCAGACCAUAUCUCAGUGCAUCGAAGAGCAUCGUGCCCAAGGCAAGCCGCUGCCCUCGAACACGGUUGUUGUGGAGCUCGACCGAAACCCCUUGAGAACUUUCGGCGGGAAGUGGGGUUGGGGCAAGAUCCCAUCACUGAGGACUACGGGGCCACCUUUGUUUCUUCUGAGUUGCGAGGACUUGUCGAGGCCAUGGCAGGUCAUGCGACUGCACAGGUGGCUCAGCAUCGCUGAGCGGUGCAGCGCUCUGGGGCAGCGUGCAAGCCACGCGGCCUUGUUCUCGAGAGACACCCAUGCCCUGCAUGCGAUCGGGAACGCUCUCUCGCCAGUGCAGCUGGCCGCUGUUGCCUCGCCGCUCGUGGAGGCAGCGGUCAACUCUGGCGUGCUCACUGCAGGCAACCGUUGCAAAGCCUGCGCAGUGGAGCUUCUGCCGCACACGAAGCCACCGGGUACAUCAGAGAUGCCUCAGAGCAUCAUGUGCAUCAGGUGUGAGGAAGAGACAAGCAUCUUGACGAGCUACCCAACUGGAAGGAACUGCUUGAGGCGGAUCUGCUCCUGCUGUUCGUCCACAGACCGGUGCCUCUCUCGGAUGGCUAAAGCACCGAAGAAGGGCUCUGCCGAAGAAGCCAAAGAAAGCGAGGAGGCCAAGAAAGCUCGAAAAAGCGCUGAGGCCCUGAGGGGAAGCGUGGCCAAGAUGGGUUCCUCGGAGCGUGCCCAGUGGUACCGCCAAGAGAAACGGAAGCGGGCAACCGAGUCAAAGAAAAGCCGCAGGACCUUCGCAACGGCAGUGGGGGCCUUGGAAGAGACUCGCCAGACUGGGAACGAAGAUUGCAGCGGCUCACGAUACAUGACCCCCCGCGACUGGUGCGCACGGGAAAUGAUCCUGAAGCAGUACAGUACCUUGGAGGAUGCUAUGGUAGCCUACGAGCAGCGCUGCACAGAUCCGGACGUUGUGACCAAGGAGAUCAACGGGGAACUCUGCCUCCGGGUCAACAACGGAGGUCUGGAAAAUGUCGUGGACCGCCAUACCGUUGCAGCAUCCGUGCGGCAGCGGACUGACCUUGGCGAUGGCGAGCAGCUUGAUGGUUUCGAAGAGGAAAUCGGACCUCGCAUGAAACGUGCUUCUGACAAGCUCCAAACAGAGCGGCUUCUGUCAGAGCAGCAGGGCAAGCAGGCCUACGUUCCGGCCGUCGCGGUGCGACGAGAUUUGGAGCAAGAGAAGGAAGUUGCUGAGAACAGAGCUGCUGAAUUUCAGCAGCAAGCCUUGGCACUCAAGGAGAAAGCUGAUCAAAAGAGGAAAGAGUUGAAGGAGAAGCAAGCAACCCAGCUUCCCUCCUUGGCAGUGGCAAAGCUCAGCCUCACCAACGCUAUCCACAAGGCAAAUGCUUCGAUGUCCGAGCUGUUGAAGCGUCAGAAGGCCACAGCAGACACCUUGUGCAAGGACUUGACGAAUGCUUUGUGCAUGUCAGACGUCCCCGUGAAGAGAGAAGCCGAGGAAAAGACGAAAGUGCUGAAUGGCAAGAUCAAGGACCUGGAGACUGCCAUGGAGGAGUCCAUCGCAGAAUGGAACACCAAGGCUGGUGACGAAAGCCUUGACAUCGAAGCCAUGGUGUCAAUGGAGAAGGAUCUGGCAGCCUACAUGAAGGAGUGGCACCUUGGCAAGCACUGCCAGGCAGUGUUGGACACGAAGCAGCAGAUUAAAAACUUCCGCGAAUUCACCUCAGACUGCAAGAAGGAGGUGAAGAAGCGGGACAAGCUGGCCGCGAAGGCGACAGUGAGGGGUUCGAACAAGAAGGCCAAGCUUGAUCAUCCGAACAGCCAGGAGAACCCGCUUCCCGAUGAAAUCAUCAACUGCGCAACGGAGCCAGAGGAUGAGAUGACAGUGCCCCUUCUGCUCCCACCAACGCCGAUGGAAGGCUUUACCCGGGAUGUGACCCGGCACGAGUAUUACAGCGAGCAAAAGAAGUGGGUGGAGCAGAUGCUGCUGAGGAGCAGCCAGAAGUAUUCGUGUGCGGUGGUCACCAGAGACAAUGUGGCCAGGCCCUUCUUGCAGCAGCUGGACCAGAUCCUGCCGGUGCCACUGCGUUCCGUGGCACGACCCUCGAGCAAGGAGCUGCAAGAGAUCUGGCAGUUGUACUUUUACCAGAUGGCCGGGGACUCCGGCCGCCUCUCGAUGUCCACUGACUGGGGCUUGCCCGAAUUGCGCAUCUGCUGCGAAGGCAAGGAGAUCUACUUGGGGUUCCCCGUGAAGAAGCUAGCCGGCAACACGACGGCCGAGAUGCUGCAGCACCUGGAGCGGAUGCGUGCAGAAGAGUUCCUCACGGCAGUUGAGCGGGAUGGCUGGUGUGUGACAUGCCGCCCUGGGAGGGGAGUCGUGCUGCCCACGAAUUGUUUGUUCGUUCAUCUGAGCCUGGAGGGACCUGAGACCUGCCACGGAGCCAGGAUUCACAUCGUGUCUGACAAAAGCCUCCAGACGGCUCUCACUCACCUGGAGAGGCAGGUCCAACAGGACCCGACACUGGAGUCCAAAAGAACCGGCCAGCUGCUGAAGUGGAUCCGCGAGAGGUGA